AUGUUGUCAAUGUUGUACAUAGAGAUUGUUUUUAGCCCCAGUCAUCUCUCGUCGCCAUCACCAAAUCCGUAUAUCUUCAUCACCGAUUCAUCGUCGCCCUUUUUUAGCUUCGGUCAACUGCUUGCCGUCGCCGUCAUCGGCUUGCUAUCGCCAUCUUCUGCUUGCCAUCUCCAUUGUCAUCAUUGUUUCAAGGUGUGUUUUGAUUUUUGGGUUCAGUUCGAUGCCUUCUUCAAACUGUUGAUGCCUUCUUUAAACUCCUCUGCUCCAUCUGUUAUCCAGGCGACCAAGGUUGAUGUUUAUAGUUUAUUGUUUGAUGCUUCAAGCCAUGAGAUUUUUCCAUUUGAAGGUCUGCCACCAGAUUGUGUUUGA